CUCCUGAUGAGACUUGGAGACUUUUACAUGAGUAACAUUUUCAAUGCAGGACUUUUAUUUACCGGGAGACUCGGACCGUGCCAGUAGCGUCAUGGCAUCCGAACCCGCGGUGCUGAACCCCCGCUGGAAGCGCAUCCUGGGCUGGACCGGGCCAGUACCGCGGCCCCGGCACGGACACCGAGCCGUGGCUAUCAAGGAGCUAAUGGUGGUGUUCGGCGGAGGGAACGAGGGGAUCGUGGAUGAGCUGCACGUCUACAACACAGCUACCAACCAGUGGUUCAUCCCCGCGGUGCGAGGUGACGUCCCCCCCGGCUGCGCAGCGUACGGCUUUGCGUGCGAUGGGACGAGGCUGCUGGUGUUCGGAGGGAUGGUGGAGUACGGCAAAUACAGCAGCGACCUGUACGAGCUGCAGGCGAGUCGUUGGGAGUGGAAACGUCUGAAGGCCAAGGCGCCAAAGAACGGCCCGCCCCCUUGCCCCCGCCUCGGACACAGCUUCUCUCUGAUUGGCAGUUGCUGUUACCUGUUUGGAGGACUGGCCAAUGACAGUGAAGACCCCAAGAACAACAUCCCCAGGUAUCUGAACGACCUGUACAGUCUGGAGCUGCGGCCGGGCUCCAGCGUGGUCGGCUGGGAGAUCCCGCAGACCUCAGGUCUGCCGCCGCCGCCCCGAGAGAGCCACACGGCCGUGGCGUCGAGCGGGCGCUCGGCCAACAGACUCAUCAUCUACGGAGGGAUGAGCGGCUGCCGGCUGGGAGACCUGUGGGUGCUCCACAUAGACUCCCUGACGUGGAGUAAACCGGACCUUAAUGGAUCUGCGCCCCUCCCCCGCAGCCUGCACUCUGCCACCACCAUCAACAACAAGAUGUAUGUGUUUGGAGGUUGGGUUCCUCUGGUGAUGGAUGAUGUCAAAGUGGCGACUCACGAGAAGGAGUGGAAGUGUACCAACACACUGGCCUGUCUCAACCUAGACACAAUGUGUUGGGAGACGGUCCUGAUGGACAGCGUGGAGGAGAACCUCCCCAGAGCCCGAGCAGGUCACUGCAGCGUGGCCAUCAACUCCAGACUCUACAUCUGGAGCGGCAGAGACGGCUACAGAAAGGCCUGGAACAACCAGGUGUGCUGCAAGGACCUGUGGUACCUGGAGACAGAGCGCCCCUGCGCCCCCUCUCGGGUGCAGCUGGUCCGGGCCAACACGGCGUCUCUGGAGGUGAGCUGGGGACCGUCGCAGACCGCCGAGACCUACCUGCUGCAGCUGCAGAAGUACGACAUUCCCACCACGCCCGCCUCUAGCCCCGCCCCCAACCCUGUCCCAGCGGCCGCGCCCAAGUGCCCCGCCCCCGUCGCCACGGCACCGGCCAACCAAAGUGUCCCGCUGUCCGGCCUCACGCUGGUCCAAUCCCCCGCUGCCUCCUUAGCCGCCGCUAAAGCACCAGCGGUCCUGAAGGUGGCAGCAGCUCCGGGGGCAACAGCAGGCGGGGCCUCCAUCGUCACAGUGAGACAGGCCGCGCCCAAACCCCAGGUCGCCCUGACGACACUUCCUGCCGGCGUUCGUAUGGUGGUACCUGCUCAGGCCGGUCAGGGGACGCCAAUAGGAAGCAGUCCUCAGAUGAGCGGCAUGGCGGCGCUGGCUGCGGCGGCGGCAGCGACUCAGAAGAUGCCCCCGUCCACGGCGACCAUGAUGAACGUCCCCGCGGGAGCAACCCUCGUAAAGACGAUGGCUGUGAGUAAUCCAGCCACUCGGAUGCUGAAGACCGCUGCCGCUCAGGUGGGCGGGACCUCUGUGGUCUCCACCCCCGGGACCCCCGGCCGGCCAAUCAUCACGGUGCACAAGUCGGGCACGGUGACGGUGUCCCAGCAGGCUCAGGUGGUCACCACGAUGGUGGGCGGAGUCACAAAGACCAUCACGCUCGUCAACAGUCCGCUCAGCAUGGGUGGGGGCGGGACUCUGAUCGGUAACCUUGGUAACCUGGGGAAGAUGAUGACCGUGGUUCACACCAAACCAGUUCAGAGUGGAGCGCUCACUGUUCAGGCUGGGAGCUGCCCAGUCACCCAGAUCCUCCAGGCAAAGGGCGGCCUCCCAGCAGGAACCAUCUUGAAGUUGGUGACCUCAGCAGACGGCAAACAGACGGCCGUUCUCAGCACCGCGCAGGCCGGAGCCACAACCGCCAAACCCACCAUCCUGGGCGUCGCCCCGGCAACCUCCAAACCGGGGACCACCUACAUCAAGACCAUCCCAAUGUCAGCGCUGCAGGGCGGGGCAGGUGCCAACAGCCCGUUCACCAUCCUGACCACCAAGAUGAUGACGCCAGGCACCGCCGGGAAGAUCAUCUCCACGGUCCCCAAAAUCACUGCAGCCGGCCAGCAGGGGCUCACACAGGUGGUGCUGAAAGGCGCUCCGGGGAUGCCUGGUACGAUCCUCCGGACAGUGCCCAUGAGCGGAGUCCGACUGGUGUCAUCGGGAGCCGUCGGCACCAAACCGGCCGUCACCACGCUGGUCGUCAAGGGAACCACAGGUGUGUCCAGUCUGGGCACAGGAACAGGAAGCGUCUCCACCAUCGCCACGCUCGCCAACCAGGUUACCACAGCAACCGCAGCAGCCGGACCAAAACAGGUGACUCUGAUCACGACUCCGAGCGGUGCCGAGGCUCAGCCGCUGGUCCAGGAUCUGCCCGUCACCUUCAUGGCUUCUCCUACGUCAGAAGAACCUGCCAGUAGUACUACUGCUACUACUGCUACUACUACUGCAGCAGCAGCAGCAGCAGCAGCGGGAGAGCAAGGAGACACAGCGGCUGCUACAGUGACGCAGGUGUGCUCCAACCCGCCCUGCGAGACGCACGAGACCGGCACCACCAACACCUCCACCGUCGCCACGGCGACCAUGGGCGGCAACGGCAGGGUGUGCUCCAACCCGCCCUGCGAGACGCACGAGACCGGCACCACCAACACCUCCACCGUCGCCACGGCAACCAUGGGCGGCAACGGCAGGGUGUGCUCCAACCCGCCCUGCGAGACGCACGAGACCGGCACCACCAACACCUCCACCGUCGCCACGGCAACCAUGGGCGGCAACGGCAGGGUGUGCUCCAACCCGCCCUGCGGGACGCGCGAGACCGGCACCACCAACACCUCCACCGUCGCCACGGCAACCAUGGGCGGCAACGGCGGGGUGUGCUCCAACCCGCCCUGCGAGACGCGCGAGACCGGCACCACCAACACCUCCACCGUCGCCACGGCAACCAUGGGCGGCAACGGCAGGGUGUGCUCCAACCCGCCCUGCGAGACGCACGAGACCGGCACCACCAACACCUCCACGGUGGCGUCCGCCAGCAUGAGCCAACAGCUGCAGCCGGCAGCUCUGAGCGGAGCCACCGUCUGCUCCAACCCGCCAUGCGAGACCCACGAGACGGGAACCACCAACACUGCCACCACAGCCACGGCUCAGCAGAGUGGAGACGGUCCGCAGGGAGACGCUCCUGACUCGGCUUCCUCCUCCUCUGACCAGGCCUCCUCCUCCUCCUCCUCCUCCACCACAGCCAGCCAGAGCAGAGCUGUCACCACGGUUACACAGUCCACGCCCACCCCUGGGCCCUCCAUACCUGCUAUCUCCUCAUUGGUCGGAGAUGACAAGGCGGAGUCCUCAGAGGCAGAGGCUGUUGCCACGGUGAUGGCGGCGGCCGCAGAGGAGGGGGAGGAGCCUAUGCAGACGGCAGUGUUACAGGUUCACAUGGAGGACAGCGAAGCAGCGGCACAGAUGGACGGUCUUCCUCAGGAGCUGAUGUCAUCAGAGGGGGACUCAAGUGAGGCGGUCUCCGGGGCGACCACGACGACCCUGAUGGUGACGGGACUGACCGCGGAUCAGCUGGCUGUUGGCGCGGCAACGGAGGACGCCGUUCAGCAGGCGACGAUACAGGCGGUCCUGCAGGCAGCGGGGCACAUCGGAGGCGGGGCAGUGGACCAGUCCGUCCCCAUCGUUCUGACCCAAGCGGAGCUGGCUGCUCUGGUCCAGCAGCAGCUGCAGGACGUCCACAACCAGCCAGACUCAGCCGAGCCAGAACCUCAGCCCAGCGGCGUGCCCACAGAAGGCCUUGCUCCAGCCGACAGCCUGAACGACCCGGCAGCAGAGAGCAACGGGCAUGAGCUUGCGUCGUCGGCGGUGACGAGCGCCGUGGCACGACUGGCCAGUACGUUUGGCCCCGCCCCCCCUCUGACGACCGGGGCCGUGGUUAAGAUUCAACCUGCCGCCGCCGAGGCAACCAAUGGCGUCGCAGCAGCUGCAGGGAGGGUCCAGGUGACAUCAUCGGUGAAAGACAGUCAGUGGUACGACGUCGGCAUCGUCAAGGUUACCAACAUGGUGGUCACACAUUACUACGUCCCCUACGACGACAACAUGGCUGACGAUGACUCGGGUGUGAUGCCGGACUACACCCAGAUGAGGAAGGUGGAGCUGCAGCCGGGGACGGCCUAUAAGUUUCGCGUCGCGGGGAUCAACAUCUGCGGCCGUGGCGCGUUCUCGGAGGUGUCGGCCUUUAAAACGUGUCUUCCUGGUUUCCCCGGAGCGCCGUGCGCCAUCAAGAUCAGCAAGAACCUGGACGGGGCUCAGCUCACCUGGGAGCCCCCGGCCGUCACGUCGGGGCAGAUCACGGAGUACUCGGUGUACCUGGCCAUCCAGUCCAGCCAGGCGGCCGCCUCCGGUUCUGGCCCGGCCCAGCUGGCUUUCAUGAGGGUGUACUGCGGCCCCAGCCCUUCCUGCCUGGUCCAGGCCUCCAGCCUCGCCAACGCCCACAUCGACUACACCACCAAGCCCGCCAUCAUCUUCCGAAUCGCCGCCCGCAACCAGAAGGGCUACGGGCCGGCCACGCAGGUCCGGUGGCUCCAAGAAAGCAGUAAAGAUGCCAAAGCAGCAGUGAAGAGACCCGGAACUUCUCCUGAUGCUAAACCUGUCGGACCAAAGAAGUUCAAAACCGACCAAUAGGAGGAGCCGACCUUCUGCUGAGGACUGUGAUUGGUUACAGUUGUCUUAAGCUCCGCCUUGCAGCUGGUUGCCGCGUCUACAGGGAGGAAGAGGAGGAGGAGGAGGAGGAGGCAGGGCUCUGACAAAAUAAAAAAAGACUUGUAGGAUAUUUGUACAUUAUCAGCCAAUCAGAACUCUUUUCUUCCUCGUCAUGGAGACGGCGAGGGGUGGAGCCAACAGCUUUUCAUCUUCUAGUGGAACCAAUAAGGUUUGAGUUUAAUAAAUGUAGAAGUAGCCCUCUGACGUCAUGAUAAAGGUCAAAGGUCACGGUGCUGUCGGGGAGGGGGGCGGAGUUUAAACCAGCUCUGCUGUAAAUUAUUUUCCUUUUCUGUAGCAUCAAAAUAUUUAGGUUUUUUCCUCUUUUUUUUGUAAACGUCUGUUAGAAAAAAAAAAAAAAAAAAACAGUUCUCUCCUUUUUCUGUGAUUUCUUCUUUUCUGUUGAAGUGCUUGUUGUUGGCUGCAGUGACGGAGCUCUCCCAUUGGUCAGUUUGUCUUAUCAGGGGAAGUUAAUAACUUUUUCCAGGUUUUUGAAAAUCAAACCUGUUUGUGAAUAUUCUCCGGAACAAUAAAGAUUUUUAGAGCAUUUUUUUUUUUU